UUUUCGUUUUUUAAUUUCUCUUUGUGAAUUCGUUGCCUGUUGCAGUAACGAUGGGUUUAGAUAAACUAGAAGAUCUAGCUUUAAAACUAUUUUCUAUUGAUGCCGUGAAAUUUGGAGAUUUUACUACUAAGACCGGCAUCAAAACACCGGCCUAUUUUGAUUUGAGGGUUAUUGUUAGUUAUCCCGACAUCAUGGAGCUUACCUCGAAUAUGUUGUACGAUUUAGCCGUAAAAGACAGCCAAUUUGAUCAUUUGUGUGGAGUUCCAUAUACUGCCUUGCCCAUUGCUACACUACUAAGUAUACAAGCGAAAAAACCUAUGUUGAUGAGAAGGAAAGAAACAAAAUCUUAUGGAACCAAAAAAAGCAUUGAAGGUCAUUUUAAAAAAGAUGACACAUGUCUCAUCAUCGAGGACGUCAUAACAUCUGGCUCAAGCAUACUGGAAACAGUCAAAGAUUUGAAAAAUGAAGGGCUCGUAACUACAGAAGCUGCCAUUAUUUUAGACCGGGAGCAAGGUGGUAGGGAGAACUUAGCUAAAAAUGGCAUCCAUGUAAAAUCAUUGUUCACAAUGAGAACAUUGAUUGAAAUACUUAAAAAACACAAGAAAAUAACAGAUGAAAUUGUAGUUACAGUAAAAAAUUACUUGAAUGAAACAAAGGCUCCUGUUAUAGAAAAACUUAUGGAACGUGUUAUACUACCAUAUGAAAAAAGAAUAGAUUUUGCAACAAAUCUUGUAGCCAGGCAACUAUUCAACAUUAUGGCCACAAAGAAAACUAAUUUAUGUCUCUCAGCAGACCUCACCAUGACUACUGGUAUUUUAGAUCUGCUAGAAAAAGUUGGAGAACACAUUUGUAUGGUCAAAACACAUAUAGACAUAAUUGAUGAUUUUAGAGAUGACUUUGUUGUGAGGCUGAAACAGCUUGCUGACAGGUUUAAUUUCCUUAUACUUGAAGAUAGGAAGUAUGCUGACAUCGGACACACUGUGUCAUUGCAGUAUUCAAAAGGACUGUACAAAAUAGGUGAAUGGGCAGACUGUGUUACAGUUCAUUCUUUACCCGGUGAAGGCAUAUUGAAGGCACUGAAUGGUUCAAUGAAUUGCAUCACUAAGGGAGUGUUCUUGCUUGCUGAAAUGAGUAGUGAGGGAAAUCUUAUAACACAACAAUAUAAACAGGAAACAGUCAGUAUGGCAUCCAAAUAUGCAAACAUCAUAACCGGAUUUGUUUGUCAAAACAAGGACACCUUCCAAAACCCUGGCCUGAUUCAAUUAACUCCAGGAGUACAACUUGAAUGCUCAAAAGACGAUUUUGGCCAGAUUUAUAAAACACCUGAAAAAGUUGUGGUGGAAAAUGGUGCCGACGUAAUUGUUGUCGGAAGAGGUAUCACAGCAGCAAAGAAUCCAGAAGUUCAAGCUGUAGCUUAUAAGGAUGCGUUAUGGAAAUGUUAUAUUAAAAGAAUAUCUGGUAAAUUAGAAUGAUUAUCUUGUUCUAAAAACUCAGUUUAAGCAUUGUUAAAUAAUUUCCUAAAUGCCAAUAUUGUAAAAACUAUAUCUGUGAUACAAAGUAUCCACUAACUAUGUGCUUUUUAAAAGCUGAAUUGAAAUCUUCCAUAAUUGGGUCCAAUACAAGCAUUCCGAAUUUUGUGAUAAGAAUAAAAUCUUCUUUCAAACUUUAACAUUUGUGUUUUAACACCAUAUGUGUGUUAUGCUAAAAAUAGUCUUUCACAUGAAUAUACUACUAAAUUAAAAUCUUUAGAAGUAUUUAAAACAACUUUCACAGUUUAAUUUUUUGUUUAUCUAACACAUGGGAUCUGCUUAAAAGUGUAUUAGAAAUGCCUCUUAUUUUGAAGUAUGGAGAAUAGAAGUAAGGAGUUAGGUAAAGAGUACCAUCUCAGUGUAUUCAAAAUAGUUCACUGAAAGGGAGUCAAUUAAGGUGGCGCCAUAGCAGCAAAUGGAAAGAUUUUACAAAAAGCGCCAACUAUUUUAUUAGGAUAUUAAACUAAGUAGGACAGAAACGCUUCCUCCGUAAAUAGUAAUUAAAAUAAACAGUUGAGAUUUU